AUGGGCGACCCCACAGAUGACAGCCAUGAGACAUUCGUGGGCUCGAUAGACCAAGGCACGACGAGCACCAGAUUCCUCAUCUUCAACCGGUCCGGAGAACCAGUCGCGUCACAUCAGAUUGAGUUCAAGCAAUACUACCCACAAUCCGGCUGGCAUGAGCAUGAUCCACUUGAGAUCAUUUCGUCGGUGGAGCAAUGCAUCGAAGGGGCAGUGAAAGACCUGGAAAACCAGGGCCACGCAAAGGCGAGUAUCAAGGCCGUUGGGAUCACGAACCAACGAGAGACAACUGUGGUGUGGAACCAUGAGACGGGCGAGCCUCUGUACAACGCCAUCGUCUGGACAGACACGCGCACGCAAGCCUUGGUGCGCAAGCUCAAGCAACGGUUAGGAGCGGACAAGCUUCAAGAACUAUGCGGGCUGCCACUAUCGACAUAUCCAUCAGUGGGAAAGCUGCUGUGGCUGCUGGCGAACGAGCCCAAGGUCAAAGACGCCUAUGAAAAGGGCAACCUCGCCUUCGGCACCAUCGACAGCUGGCUCGUGUACAGACUGAACGGCGGCCCCAAUAAGAACGUGUUCGUGUCGGAUCCGACGAAUGCCUCGCGGACCAUGUUCAUGAAUCUCCGAACAUUGGACUACGACGAUCAACUCAUCGACUUCUUCAGGCUCGAUCCGCGCAAGGUCCAUUUCCCAAAAAUCACUCGAUCGUCUGACCGCGAAGCAUACGGACGUCUCGAGUCUGGUGUGCUGAAAGGCGUGCCUAUCACUGGCUGUCUAGGGGAUCAGUCGGCGGCCCUGGUCGGCCAGAAAGGCUUUAGUCCGGGCCUUGCAAAGAAUACAUACGGGACGGGUUGUUUCUUGCUGUACAAUGUUGGCGAGAAGCCCGUCUUCUCCAGCCACGGCCUGUUGGGGACGGUGGCCUAUGAUUUCGGCGAGGGGAACCGCAUGUAUGCGCUCGAAGGCAGCAUCGCUGUGGCAGGAUCGAGCGUCAAAUUCCUGGUCGAUAACUGGGGCUUUGUCGAGUCUUCGAGCAGGAUCAGUCAGUUGGCAUCCACGGUUGAAGACAAUGGAGGCGUGGUCUUUGUCACCGCCUUCAGUGGGCUCUUCGCUCCCUACUGGAUUGACGAUGCCAGGGGAACCAUCUAUGGCAUAACUGCCUACACUAACCGUGGCCACGUCGCUCGUGCGACUCUGGAGGCAACGUGUUUCCAAACCAAGGCUAUCCUCAAUGCUAUGGAGAAGGACUCCAGCCGCAAACUGGCCGCGCUCGCGGUCGACGGCGGCAUGAGCAAUUCGGACUUGACGAUGCAGACUCAGGCAGAUCUGAUCCAGAUUCCUGUGUUGCGGCCGCAAAUGCGCGAGACUACUGCCCUCGGGGCAGCCAUUGCGGCAGGGCUGGCUGUCGGCGUCUGGGAAAGUCUGGAUGAAUUGAAGUCGGUCAAUGUCGAAGGCCGUACAGAUUUCACGCCGCGAAUGCCUGAGGCCAAGAGCAGGGAAAUGUUCGAACGGUGGGAGAAGGCAGUCCAGAUGUCGAGGGGCUGGUCGGCGUAA